AUGGCAUCAGGUCAAGCUGCAGAGGCAGUUACAAUGCUGGAGAUGAGAAAUGAUGGACGUCCUGGACAACAUCAGCAGAAUCCAAUGGUGCAAUACUCCACUUUGGAGGUCACAACUGAGCGUCCCAGGGAUCACAUCAUCUGGUCGCUGUGCUGCUUCGUCUAUGGAAAUCCCUUCUGCCUUGGACUGGCUGCUCUCAUCUUCUCCAUCAAGGCCAGCGAUCGGAAGGUGGUUGGAGAUAUAGAGGGCGCUCGGCACUACAGCUCCACCGCUUGUUCCCUAAACAUCGCAGCAACAGUUCUUGUUUUCAUCAUUUGA